AUGUCUUUCUCAGAUAAAGACAAAAACUGGGACGAUGGCCUCGACGACGCUGAGGCUGAGAUGGACGAAGACAGCCAAUCCACAAGAGAUGCAAGCAUAUUCGUCGUCGACGUCGCCGGCGGGAUGCUCGACUACCCGCCCAGUGAAAUUCCCAGCGACAGAGUCGAAGAAGAACUCCCACUUCUCCACCGCACGCUCAACGCCAUCUUGAAAUGCCUCAAGAGGAAGGCAUUCAACUCCCCGAAUGAUUUCGUUGGAAUCGCCUUGUACAACACCCAGCACACACAAUCUGACAAAGAUGCCUCCGACGUGAGAGAGCAUGUCUACUGCUUCCAGCCAAUCGAGCAGCUCAACGGUAACAACAUACGCAAGCUCAAGAAGCUUGUUGAUAGCGCCCACGACGAUCCUGAUCUCUUAUCGCGCAAAUUCAAACCAGCUACUUUCCAAGGCAGUCGCACUAGCAUGCCUAUUGGGAACCUGUAUAUGAGCUGCAAUCGAUUCUUCAGAAACAACCCCCACACAAAGUCAGCCACUAAGCGCAUUUUUCACGUCACUUGCAAUGACCAGCCUAACAAAGGCGCUCCUUCAGAAUGGCUCACUGCGACACAAACAAACGCCAACGACCUCAAAGAAGCUGGAAUUUACAUUGAGCCCUUCUUUAUAGCUCCUCCUCAGCCCAACUUUGACACACCGACUUGUUUCGAUGCCAGCUUCUUCUACACGCAAGUCCUCCCCAAGACAGAUUCAGACUCAUACUCCAAUGAGAAUCUCCCCAACUUCUCUAUGGUCCAAGGACUGGCCAAGUUCAACACGCUCGAGGAAAAAUUGAAGAAGCUGGAGACGCCAAAACGCACAUCAUUCACGCACAAGUUCGAACUGGGCGCGAAUUUGACCAUCUCCGUCAAAGGCUAUCGCACCGUCGUUGACCAAAAGUACUUCCCUUAUGUGUUAGUAGCGGAGAAUAAACACGGCGAGCUCGAGCUGACUGAGAAAGAGACUCGACUGAAGAAUAAUCUCGAUGAGUCAGUGGAGCGAUCAGAAACAAAUAGAGGGUUUAUUAUUGGCGACAAGAGCAGCAAUCCGGUUGUGGUCACAUGCGACACUAAGGCAUACAACAGUCUACGCUCGUUUGACCUCCCCGUAGGAAUGAAGCUGCUCGGUUUCCAGGACUUGGAUACUCUCUCAGUAAUGCACAAUGUGAGCAGCGCUAGCUUUAUAUACCCCACCGAAGAUAUAGUCAAAGGUAGCACGAAGCUCUUCUCAGCUCUGCUUAAAUCAUGUCUUAAGAAGAAGAAAUUAGCACUAGUGAGGGCAGUGAUGAGGAAGAAUGCAGGACCUGUGAUUUGCGCACUCAUACCUCAGGAGGAAGUGGUAGAUAACCAAGACGGAUCUCAGAUAAUGCCCAAUGGAUUCUACCUAAUUCCUCUCCCAUUUGCAGAUGACUUGCGCAGCCCACCCGACGUCAUCAACGCGAAAGCUACAGAAGAUCAAAUCGAAGCUAGCGCAGCAUGGCUUAAGAAGCUACGCAAGAAGUCCGGCUACGAUGCCAACGAGUAUGAGAACCCAUAUUUCAGACUGAUGAGGAAGAAUAUCGAGUCACAGGCACUCGAUGAACCGAUGGAUGAGGAUGAUAUAAAGAAGGAUAAGACACUGCCACCUGUGGAGCAAAUGGAGAAACGGGCAGGUAACCUCAUUGAUAACUGGAGAAGAACGUGGGAUUUCAAGAAAGAGGAACCAGUCAGAGUAAAAGAGGAGGAGGAGGUUGGAUCACAGAAACGCAAGAAGGACGAUGUGACCGAGGUUGGGAUGGAUGACGGACCCUUUUUGGAGAAGAUGCGUUCUAACCAACUCGAAAAGUGUAGAUUGGAUGAACUCAAGAGUUUCUGUAGAGCAAACCAUCUCACAGUGCAGGGGAGGAAGGCAGAACUGAUAAUGCGCAUCAAAGAGAAGCUUACGAGGAGUUACGGGUGA